AUGCGAAGUCUUCUGCACUUGCUGGCCUUUUCCGCAAGCGCAGCGGCACAGAAUUGCGCGUUCGGAGGGCCCAUAUUCCCAGCCCCAAAAAGCGCCAGUUCGAGCACCGCGAUCCAGCAUGCAAGACACAACUUCACCCAGUCGCUGCGCAGCAUUCUGCGCUCCUCCAGCGACCCUGACGUAACAGCAAUAGAUCCGGACGUAACCUCCUUCGCGGUGCAAGUGUACAGCGUGCACGAGGAACAGCCGCUGGUGGAGUACUACCACACCGCGAAGGCCGUGCGAAACAACACAGUCGGCGUAAACAAAGUUGACGAGGAUACGGUUUUCCGAAUCGGUAGUAUUUCCAAGGUACACACUGUCCUGUUGCUAUUGAUGGAGACCGGCGACGCAUCGUUUCACGAGCCGAUCUCGAAAUAUCUGCCGGAGAUCCAAGAGGCGAUAGAGGCGCUGGAGGGUAGUCAUGACGACGUUGACCAUGUCCGAUGGGGCGAGGUGACUAUCGGCGAGCUCGUCAGCCAGGCAGCUGGUUUGUUUAGACUAUACGGAUUUGGGGAUCUCACGGAAACACCCGAUUUAAUGUCGGGACUUGGGUUUCCUCCUGUUGAGGAGGAGGAUAUCCCACCAUGCGGGUUUUACCCGCCAUGUAAUAGAACGCAAUUCUUCAACGGCCUACUGGGCACGCACCCCGUCGUCCCAACCUCAUCGGUCCCAAUCUAUUCAAACGAUGCGUUUGUGCUGGUCGGGUACAUACUCGAAGCGCUGACGGGCAAAAGCUUCGUAGACCUCGUGGAGGAACGGCUGUUCGAGCGCCUUAACUUGACGCACUCUUCGCCCACCAAGCCAGCCGACGACAUAGGCAUCAUCCCCGGACUGGUGAACGAGACCUUCUGGGAUACCGACAUGGCUGACAUGAUUCCAACGGGCGGGAUUUACUCAUCCGCGAAAGACAUGAGCCGUUUUAGCCGCGCUAUUCUCACCAACGAGCUCCUUUCGCCUGCUCUGACGAGACGCUGGUUGAAACCCCAGGCUCACACAGCAGACCCUUCCUUCUCCGUUGGCGCCCCGUGGGAAAUAUACAGCGUGAAUGACGCCCGAAAGGUCGACCUCUACACCAAGGGCGGAAACAUCGGCAGCUAUUCCGCAAUGAUGGGGCUCUCUCCGGACCAUGAUGUCGGGUUCACGAUUCUCGUCGGCGGUAACGCGGCAACAUCGGCGACAUGGGCACUAGGUGAUCUCGUCACGGGGAUUGUAAUUCCAGCUCUGGACAGGGCCGCGAGGGAGGAGGCGUCUAAGCAUCUCGCUGGAACGUAUGCCUCGGGAAACGAGACUCUGAGGCUCGUAACUGAUCAUGGCCCGGGCUUGAAAAUCGCCAAGUGGGAAAGCAACGGAAUUGACAUUUUGGAGUCGUUGAACAGCCUGCAGUCGAGGCCGGUAGACGGGACUCUUGACGUCCGGUUGUAUCCCACUGGGCUUGAAAGUACCGCUGGUUCUGGACGCAAUGGUUCAACCACGGUCUCCUUCCGUAGCGUCAUAUCAGGGCCCCCGCCAAUGGGGCCGCCCAACGGGCCUCUGACUAGGCUGUGCUACACAUGGUUGACUGUCGGCAACACGGUUUACGGGUCUGUUGCGUUAGAUGAAUUUGUCUUUAAGAUUGGAGAAGACGGCGAUGCUGUCAGCCUGUCACCGCGGGCUCUGCGGACGUCUUUGGCCAGGGUUAGACAUUGA